AUGCAUAUGACAUUUCCCAAAAGAUUUAUUGAUGCCACCACAGUCGAUGAAGAUGGUUAUCCAGUUUAUAGACGUAGAGAAGAUGGGAAAGUGAUUACUAAAGGGGCACACAUUAAUGUUGAAUGGUGUAAUCAAUCAAGAUCAAUAAAGUAUUUAUUCAAGUACGUCAAUAAAGGGAAUGAUCGUGUGACAACAUCUUUCUAUAGAAGUGCCAGUGGAGAUGCAGAAGCUGAUGAUAUUGAUGAAGUAAGCAUGUACUAUGACUGUAGGUACAUAUCUCCAUGCGAAGCAGCAUGGAGAAGUUUUGGAUAUAAUGUCCACUACAGGGAUCCGUCUGUUGUUGAACUUGGUUUUCAUUUGCCAGACGAGCAAAAUGUCAUAUUUGAAUAUGAUGAUAACCUAGCGGAGGUGGCUAAAGAAGCGUCGGUGAAGGAGUCAAUGUUUUUGGAUUGGUUUGAUGCAAAUAAAGAAUACGCAGAGGCAAGAACUUUGAAAUAUGCUGAAUUGCCAACAAAGUUUGUAUGGAAGGCUACUGAAAGAGUUUGGGCUCUACGAAAAUCACACUCAGUAAUUGGUAGGAUUUUCUUUGUUCCACCAGGUUCAGGGGAAAUAUUCUAUUUAAGACUAUUACUAAACUUUGGUAGGGGACCAACUUCAUAUGAGGAGAUACGAACAGUUGAUAGAGUUUUAUACCCGACAUUCAGGGAUGCAUGUUAUGCAAGAGGACUUUUGGAUGACGAUAAAAAAUAUAUUGAUGCAAUUAAGGAAGCAAAUCUACAUUUAACAGAAGAAGAGUUAAAGGAAUUUACUCUCAUUGACAUUGAGAACAAAUUGAAAAGUUACAAUAAGAGUCUUGUGGACUUCCCAUCUAUGCAAGUAUCGGAUGUCGAAUUAACUUCCAAUGCUUUGAUGACUAAGGGAGUUAAUAGCCUAAUAUGCGACGAGCUUCGUUAUGACAGACGUACAUUAGCAGAAGAGCAUAACAGUCUCUUGGAUCAACUGACAAAUGAGCAUAAAUAUGUGUAUGAUCAAGUAAUGGAUGUUGUAACAAAAAAGAAAGGUGGAGUUUUCUUCUUAUAUGGUUACAGUGGUACAGGAAAAAUAUUCGUUUGGAAGACAUUGGCAUCUGGGUUGAGAUCAGAAGGGAAGAUUGUUUUAACAGUUGCAUCAAGUGGAAUUGCUUCUCUUCUACUACCCGGUGGCAGGACAGCCCACUCACGGUUUGCAAUCCCCCUUAAUCCGAAUGAGUUUUCAACAUGCAACAUAAAACAAGGGAGUCCACUUGCAGAUUUGUUGGUUAAAACUAAACUCAUUAUUUGGGAUGAAGCCCCUAUGGUUCACAAACAUUGCAUUGAAGCACUUGAUAGGACAAUGCGAGACAUAUUAAGGUUUACUAAUGUAAACAGUAUCGAUAAACUAUUUGGAGGGAAGACAAUUGUCUUUGGGGGUGACUUUAGUUGCAAGUUGUUGAUGCCAACUAAAAACAUACGUCUACAAGUCGGAGGCAAAAAUGCAAGGUCUGUUGAAAUAAAGGAAUUUGCAGAUUGGAUAUUAAGCAUUGGAGAUGGGAGAUGUGGAAAAUCUCUAGAUGGAGUUGAUAAAGUUGAAAUUUCGGAUGACAUCCUCAUAAAUGAGUGGGAUGAUCCUAUAGUUGCUAUUUGUAAGGCAACUUAUCCGAAGAUGUGGGAAGGAACAAACUGUGAUUUUCAAGCUAAGGAUCGUGCUAUUCUGGCACCUACCUUGCAAUUGGUGGACAAAAUUAAUAGCUACAUCAUAAGUUUGAAUCCUACCGAAGCAUAA